UGUUGUCCCCGCGGGCGGUUGCAGCGGUGCCCGGCGGCGAUGGCGAUGCUGGUGCUUGGUUGGAUGCGGGACCGAAGGCUUGGGAAGAUGCAGGAGAUGUGGCUGUAGUUGAGGAUUAUCGAGUUUCUCAACUGCAUCCUGUUGUUGAGCCUCUGGGUCUUCCCACGGGUGGUCCAAGUGCUUUAGGGCCGCGGGGGGUCCUCAAGGAUGUGGCCAUGGGUGAUGAAGAUUUUCCUUCUCCUCUGGACCCUGGAUAUGAGGCUCAGAGACUUCCUGGAGGCAUUCCUGCAGGCAGUGGCCUUCCAGCUUCCCAGCUGGAUCCUGUUUCUGAGCCUCAGGAGCAUGCCAGGAAUGUGGCCGCAGGUGAUGGCAAUGCAGCUUCUCAGCUGGAUGCCCAUGUAGAGUCUGUGGGGAAUCGUACAGGUCCUCGGCAGAGGAAGUACGAGGCCCAGAGAGGAAAGUUGGCUGAGAAAUAUUCUAAACUCCUUCAGAAAAUCUUGAAGGACUUGGAAAGAGCAGCUGAUGUCCCUCAAGUCACUGAAGCUUCUGCAGCUUCUCAGGGGCUGGAGCCUCUGCUUGAGUCUCAGGGAGAUCUCAGGGGUCUUGGUGGUGACAAAGAUGCAAAGGCCGCAGAUCAUAAAGCCCUACAGAUGUACUAUUUGGUCCUCCCUGCCGCAGUCUUGGGUUCCAUGCUGUUUGUCAUAGUGCUGAGCUGUAUAGUUACUUCCCGGCUGAGGAAGAGAAAACAAGAAGCGGUACCAGCUAACCCUGCCGCUGCCUCCAACAGAGAGGAGUCAAGCACAGAGGAAGGCAGAGCAAAGGCAGGGAGCAAAAGAGAAAAGGAUGAGCUUGCCCUGGAAAAUGAAAAUUUCAACAACAGCUCCAGGCGACUCCUGGUGCCUAUCCCAAACAGAAUAAAAAAAUUGUUGGGCUAAAAUGGCGUGAGUCCUUGGCUGUUUUGGUCCUUUGUGUCUGGGUGUAAUGCACAGCACUUACAGCAGGGUUGGAUGAGGGAGAGGAGCUGUCAGGGAGUUGCCCUCCCUCAAGGGCUGCCCUCGGUCCCAUCAUCAGUGUAGUUUCCCAGCUCAGGCUGUCAUUAAGGUUUCAUUCAUCUGAAUGGGGGAGUGUGGAUGAGCCUUGGAGUGCAAGUGAAGUCACUGGGACUGCUCCACUGAAUCCUGAUGGAUUUGCACAGGACCAGGAGAGCUCUCAUUGCUUCGGGUGGUGCACAAGGCUCAAGGAGGCCUGAAAUAUUUGUCC